AUGGCAAAGUUACCCUGCAGCUACGAUGCGGAGAAGCGGAUCUGGAAGGGCAUCCAGCUGAGGUGCGACUACAAGCCCGACACCUCUUUGGGAAAGAUCAUCUUCAAGAACAUGAGAAAUUGGCCAAAGAAUGUCUGCCAGAUCUCGGACACUGAGGAGGUGGAAGUUACCUUCCAGGAGGCUCUCACCUGGGCCAUCCGCAUUGCCCAGCAGCUGAAGAAACGUGGCUUGACCCACACCGAUGUCAUCGGCAUCAGCGCCAAGAACACCACCUAUGUGAUGCCCACUGCUGUGGGAUGUCUGUUCAAUUCCACACCCUUCCAGUCAGCAAAUCCAGUGCUUGAAGAAUCAACCAUCAAGCAUCUUUAUAAUAUCUCAAAGCCCAAGCUGGUCUUCUGUGAUGCUUGCAACUAUGAUAAACUAUAUUCCGCUACCUCGGAUUUCAAGCCAGAAAUCAUAACGCUCACCGGUUCCGUUGAGGGAGUGCUCACUAUUCAAGAUCUGCUGGAGCCCACCAAAACUGAAUUCUUUUACCAGCCGGAACCGCUGAGGGAUGGACCAAAUCAGACCCUGGCUAUCCUCUGCUCUUCAGGAACUACGGGAAUGCCCAAGGCUGUGUGUGUCUCCAACGAGAUUCUCAUCCAAGAGACGUCUUUUGUGAAUGGCUACGAUACCAUCUUCAUUUCGGCCAGUCUGGACUGGAUCACGGGUCUGUGGGCCUCUAUUUUCAGCACCGUGAAUGGCUGCACCCGCAUCAUCAGCAGCAAGCCCUUCAGUCCCGAUUACUUUGUGUAUCUGGUGGAGAAGUACAAGAUCACCUAUGCCCUCAUCCCGCCGGAGCACUUCUGCUCCCUGGCCGACUGCCCCGAGGCUACGCCCGAGGCUCUGGCCAGUUUGACCAAGUUUAACUUUGGUGGCGGACGCAUGACUCAGGCCACGCUCCAGCGCAUCCAGUCGUUGGCCAAGAACGCCAUCUUCAACUCCGCCUACGGCAUGACGGAGGUGGGCUUCAUGGUCUUCAAUCACGGCCAUGCCAAGCUGACAGCCGCAGGCAAUCCUUUGCCCAACAUUCAGCUCCGCAUUGUCGACGAUGAUGGCAACAAUCUGGGGUACAACCAGACGGGCGAGAUCUACGCCCACAAUGGGUACUCGUGGAACGGCUACUACGGCGAUCCGGAGGCCACUCGUGUAAUGCAGGACGAAGAUGGCUGGUUCCACACCGGGGACAUGGGCUACUUUGACGAGGACGACUUCUUGUACAUCACCGACCGCAAGAAGGAGGUACUCAAGUGGAAGGGACUCCAGUUCUGGCCCACCGAGGUGGAGAAUGUCAUCCUCGAGCUGCCGGAGGUUAAGCGCGUCUGUGUCGUGGGCAUAUAUGAUGAGACCCAGGGCGAUGCUGGCGGGGCCCUGAUCGUCAGGGAGACUGGCGCUAAUAUUACCGCUCAGCAAAUCAAGGAUCAUGUGGCCAAACGUCUGCCGGACACUCAGAAGCAGCUCCGCGCCGGGGUACAGUUCGCUGACGAGAUCCCACAGAACCAUAACGGCAAGGCUGUGCGCCGCUACGCCCGCGAUCUGUUCCUGGCCCUCUCCAAAAAGUGAACACUGCCGAUGAAUACUGUGGAAUAAUUUAUACUACUAUCCAAUAUAUAUUUGUUAAG